ACGAAGGAUGGAAGGAAGGCUGGAUGGAAGGAAGGACAGACGGACAGACGGAAGUAAGGAAGGAUGGCGAAGAGGAAAGUGCCCUCAUCCACAAGAUGGUAGAGAGGAUGACAGAAGAGCUUACAAUCCCCCCAAAAUUUUCCACGACAUCGAAGAAGCGGAGAAGAAUGUGCAGCAAAGUGCUCGACAAGUUGUCGGAUAUGCACAGCAUGUCGCAGUUGAAGAACCUGCUGACAACAAAGGAUGAACAGGGUCAGGAGCUUUGGGUCAUGACCGAAAGAACAAGAUUGCGGAUACAAGUGGCCGAAAAGGAUUUCCUCCAUAGAAUGGCUGGUCUUUUCCUUAUAGAUAGGGUAAGAAGCUCAGUCAUCCGGGAGGGACUCAGACUAGAGCCACUGCUCCUCCACAAGCCAGUUGAGGUGGCUCUGGCAUCUGGUCAGGAUGCCUCCUGGUCUGAAGGAUGGAAAGAAGAAAGGAAAGAAGGAAGAAAGGAUGGACGGAAGGAAGGAAAGACAGAUGGAUGGAAGGAAGGAAGAAAGGAAGGACGGAGGGAUGGACGGACUGAAGGAAGGAUGGAACAAAGGAUGGAAGGAAGGCUGGAUGGAUGGAUGGAAGGAAAAAAGGAAGGACGGACCGACGGAAGUAAAGAAAGAAGGAAGGAAGGAAGGAGGGAAGGACGGAAGGAAGGAAGGAAGAAAGACAGGAAGGACGGACGGAGGGAUGGACGGACGGAAGCAAGGAUGGAUGGAGGGAUGGACGGACAGAGGGAUGGACGGACGGAAGGAAGGAAAGACGGGUGGAUGGAAGGAAGGAAGAAAGGAAGGACGGAGGGAUGGACGGACUGAAGGAAGGAUGGAACAAAGGAUGGAAGGAAGGCUGGAUGGAUGGAAGGAAAGAAGGAAGGACGGACAGACCGACGGAUGCACGGAAGGAAAGAAAGAAGGAAGGAAGGAGGGAAGGACGGACGGAUGGAGGGAAGGAAAGAUGGAAGGAAAAAAGUCAGGAAGGACGGACGGACCAAUGGACGG